CAAUGCACCGCGGUCAAACGAGUUUCUUCUUCAUCAACACAUGGCCAGUGCCUGCAAAUAUUUAUCUUGUUUAACUUCAACCUAACGGCAUUUUUAGGCGUUUGUCUAUUUUAAUUCCUCUGCCAAAUGAAAGUUAAAGUCCUCUCGAGGAACCCGGACGAUUAUGUCCGGGAGACCAAACUAGAUAUUCAGCGUGUUCCUAGGAACUAUGACCCAGCACUCCAUCCGUUUGAGGUGACUAGAGAGUACACCCGGGCUCUGAAUGCCACUAAGCUUGAGAGGGUGUUUGCCAAGCCGUUCCUGGCCUCUCUAGAUGGACAUAGAGAUGGGGUAAACUGCAUGGCCAAGCACACCAAGAGCCUCUCCACCCUGCUCUCUGGCUCCUGCGACGGAGAGGUUAAAGUGUGGAAUCUAACCAAACAUGAAUGUGUCCGCACACUCCAAGCACAUGAAGGUUUUGUCCGUGGAAUGGUUGUCCGCCAUUGUGGAUCAUCCUUCUUCACGGUCGGUGAUGACAAAACAAUAAAGCAAUGGAAAAUGGAGGCACCAGGCUAUGGAGAGGAAGAGGAGCCACUCAACACUAUUCUAGGCAAGACCGUUUUUACAGGACUAGACCAUCACCAGAGUGAGGCUGUGUUUGCAACAUGUGGCCAGCAGGUGGACAUCUGGGACGAGCAGAGGAGCAGUCCAAUCCGCUCUUUCACGUGGGGCGUAGACAGCUUCAGCACUGUCCGCUUCAACCCUGUGGAAACUGAACUUCUUGCAAGCUGUGCCUCUGACAGAAGUAUAGUACUGUAUGACAUGAGAGAAUCAGCACCACUUAAAAAGGUCAUUAUGACAAUGAGGAGCAACACAGUAUGCUGGAACCCUAUGGAAGCCUAUUACUUCACAUGUUCAAAUGAAGACUACAACCUCUACACAUAUGACAUGAGGUACCUGGACCGGCCAAUCACAGUGCACAUGGACCAUGUGUCUGCAGUGCUGGAUGUUGACUAUUCUCCAACUGGGAAGGAGUUUGUGUCUGCCAGUUUUGACAAAACCAUUCGCAUCUUCCCCAAGGACGGUGGCCACAGCAGGGAAGUCUACCACACCAAACGCAUGCAGCAUGUCAUCUGCAUAAAGUGGUCAUCAGACAACAAAUACAUCCUGAGUGGUUCUGAUGAAAUGAACAUCCGACUCUGGAAGGCCAACGCAGCUGAGAAGCUAGGGGUGAUGGCCCCCAGAGAGAGGGAGGCUGCUAACUACAAUCAGAAGCUGAAGGAGAAGUUCCAGCACCAUCCGCAGAUCAGACGCAUCUCUCGUCAUCGACACCUACCCAAGAACAUCUACCACCAGACCAAGGAGCUGAGGAUUAUGAAAGAGGCUCGCCGUAGGAAGGAGAGGAAUGUCCGCAAGCACAGCAAGCCUGGAACUGUUCCUGUGGUGACUGAGAAGGAGAAGCAUGUUGUGACUGUGGUCAAAUAGGCAGAGCAGGAGGAGAGAACAGGAGACCAAGUGGCUCCAUCAAGAGAUGAGGUGGAGCCCAAGAUCACACCUACAUGGGACAUGCUCAGACUACUCUCACUUAAGAACUGGGGGAAAAAAAAGUUUUAGUUUGUCAGUGUGGGAAGGACAAGUGACCAGUUCUGCAUCGUUUGAAGUACAAGGACACAGACUGUUAAUACAUACAAACAUUAAAUCUUGUUGAGCAUUAUUUCUGCCAAGAAGGCAAAGCUCAGCUGUACUUUUCACUGUGCCGUUGUUGCAGGAAUACCUUACACACAGUACUAUUUUUCCUGUAUUUGAGUGACUAAUGACACAUUUUUCCUUGAGCAAGUGUGUAUUUUUUAUCACAAGAUCCACGACAAUUUUGGAAGUUAAGAACAGAAUAAAUUAAUCCAAUAUUUAAA